UCAAUUAUAAAUAUACCGCAACUCAAAAACUGCUCAACCACACUCAUAGCAUCUCAACUCUUGAUCUUCUCUAUUUUGGUCUUUAAUUAAUCAUUUCAUAUCUCAUCAAGAAAGAUGAAAAUAGAGAACCCCUUUUCUUCCUUCUUUCUAAUUUCACUUCUCUCCAUAUUUUUCACUAAAUCCAUAGCUGAUAUUUGUCCAUUCAAUGUUGUAAAUUAUGGUGCAAAGCCAGAUGGGAAAACUGAUUCAUCAAAUGCUUUUUUAACUGCUUGGGACUCAGCUUGUGGCUCUUCAAAACCAGCCACAAUUUACGUACCACAAGGAAAGUUCUUAGUUAAACAAGCACAUUUUAAAGGAAAAUGCAAGAACAAAGCCAUAAUGUUUCGAAUCGAUGGUACACUUGUGGCGCCUUCCGAUUAUAAUGUGAUUGGAAAUGCCAAAAAUUGGCUUCUGUUUGAAGGUGUUGAUGGAGUUUCCAUUCAUGGUGGUAGACUUGAUGGCCAAGGAUCUGGUUUGUGGGCUUGCAAAGCCUACGAGAAGAAUUGUCCGAGGGGCGCCACGGCUCUGGGAUUUUCCAAUUCUAACAAUGUAGCAAUAACUGGACUAACUUCAUUGAACAGCCAAAUGUUUCACAUUGUCAUCAAUGGGUGCAAAAAUGUGAAGUUGCAGGCUGUCAAAGUUUUUGCCCCAGGAAAAAGCCCGAAUACGGAUGGCAUUCAUGUUCAAUUAUCGUCGGAGAUCUCAAUCUUGAACUCGAUAAUCAGUACGGGAGAUGAUUGCGUAUCCAUCGGUCCAGGAACUACUAACUUGUGGAUCCAAAAUAUGGCUUGUGGCCCUGGACAUGGAAUCAGCAUUGGAAGUUUAGCCAAGGAUUUUGAAGAAGCAGGGGUGCAGAAUGUGACAGUGAGAUCAGUUAUAUUUAAGAACACAACAAAUGGUGUGAGGAUCAAAACGUGGGGCAGACCAAGUACUGGCUUUGUCAAUAAUGUUCUUUUCCAGCACGCUACGAUGAUUGACGUUCAAAAUCCAAUCGUUAUUGAUCAAAAUUACUGCCCCUAUAAUAAAAAUUGUCCGGGCCAGGUCUCAGGUGUGAAAGUUAGUGAUGUUACUUAUCAAGAUAUCCAUGGAAGUUCAGCAACACGAGUCGCGAUGAAAUUCGAUUGCAGUAAAGAGAAUCCGUGCAGAAGAAUAAAAUUGGAAGAUGUAAAUCUCACAUAUAAGAAUGAACCAGCUGCUGAAGCUUCGUGUGCUAAUGUUGCAGGAACAACUUCUGGCAUUAUUCAGCCUACCGGUUGUUUGUAAGCGAAAACUCAAGAAAAGGGUUCUUUCCCUUUAAUUAUUUUCUUCUUCCUUUAGUAGAUUUAGUUCUUAAUAGAUGAGAAAUAGACAGUGGUUUUAUUUAAUUGCUGAUACUAAGUAUUAUUGAUGUUAGUAGCUUUGUCCAUAUUUACUUCAUUGAAACUUGAAGUGCUUGCUUGAGCCUGUGGCGCAACUUGAAUCUCCUGGCCUAGGGACAAGUUCAAAGCUAUAACACCAAACAGAGAAAUUGUUAUCCCCACUAUUAAUUGUAAUAGGAUGUCUUUCUCUAAAAUGUUCAA